AUGCAGGAGAUGGUUUAUUAUGACCCAGACAACACGCAGUUACCCACGGAUCCUGAUGAAGUCCAAUGUACCCAAGCCAUGUGGCGGAAGUUUGUAUGGAGUGCACCAUCGUCGUAUGUCAACUCAUUGGCAGUAAUGGACUGGAAAGGCAAAGAGGCACCAACGGUGGAUGAGGUGGCUGAUCAACUGUGGCAAUACAAAGAAAGUCUCUCCUCCUUCCUGAUCUUGGCUGUGGAGAAACUGUUCCGGAAAGUCCAGCAAUCCAAAGAGGAUAUGUCCUACUCCCCACCUGUGACCCAGAAGAAGAAUGAUUUCAAAUGGGUCCCUGUGCAACAUCAAGCUUUUGAACAAAUUGAAGAGAAAAUAGUUCAUGCAGUAGCUCUUGGGCCAGUCUGGGCAGAACCAGAUGUAAAGAAUGUGCUCUAUACUGCAGCCAGCGAGAACGGCCCUACCUGGAGUCUCUGGCAGAAAGCAUCAGGGGAGACUCAAGGUCAGCCUAUGGGUUUCGGGAGUUGGGGAUACAGAGGAUCCAAGACCUACUACAUUACAACUGAAAAGGAGAUACUGCAACAUAUGAAGGGCAACUUCAUGAGAAUUGACAUCUUCAACCCACAGACCAUGGGCACGGGCUGUGCCAGAUACACCAGCCACGAGCUCUGGAUGCAGCACGCAACAAUCCAACAGCACAGUCUUUUCCAUGCCCUGAAAGACUAUUAUGACAGAUGGAGCCCAAAGUCAUGGAUUAAAUUAACUCAAUGGACAUUUCAGUGGGCUGGCCCAUAG